AUGAUGCAGUUGGUCGAGCAGGCGGAAGCGGGCAAAACUUUUGAACCAACAACAGUUGUUGUCGACUUUGAGACAGCCAUUCACAAUGCCGUAAGACCCUCCUGGCCAAAUGCUAACAUUGUAGGAUGCCGAUUUCACCUAGGCCAGGCAUGGUGGCGCAAAAUUCAGAAACUGGGUCUGUCACCGUCUUUCAAGCGUGAGAAUUCCGAAGUGGGUUUAUGGCUUAAACAGGUGUAUGGUUUGCCAUACCUUCCACCAUCAGAAGUUGCAGCUCCGCGGGAAGAAAAGCUCCGGCUAUUUAUAGACUAUCUUGUCAAUGAGUACAUCAAAGACGGCUCUCGCUUUCCUCCGGAAAUGUGGGCUGAGAUGACUGACAACAGGCAGAAUACCACCAACGCCUGUGAGUCGUUCCACAGUCGAUUCAAUGGGUGCUUCUACAGUCCACAUCCAGAUUUCUUUCGAUUCUUGAGCGUUCUGUUGGACUUUCAGGUGGAGACAAGUAGUAUUGGAUAA